AUGGUAUUAGCGGCACCAGUACGGAGAGGAUGUUCACAUUGUCGCGCAAGUUCUUCGACCUACCAAAAGACGUCAAGUGCGAGAAACCUCUCAAUGAGCUCGGUGUUGGAUAUGACGACCAUAAGGCCAACGGGUGAGACUCAUUUCGUAUCCAAUCCAGUCAAUAAGCAAGCUAAAGUGCAAACGCGAAGAUUUGCCGCAUCAGAAGGGAUGGCAUUCGGCCUUCCGGCCGGCCAGCUUGCCCAGAGCUCAAACAUGCACGACUGGUGGGACAGCGUCAAAAUCGCCGAGAUAGAAGCAUUCAAAGCUCAAUGCAGCGAUCUGACCUUGCGUCUCCUUUCCUGCUUCGCCGAGCACAUGGACCUACCACGAACGUUCUUCGAGACUUCCCAUAAACAAGAUGCCGGCCUAUUACCUGGCAAUGCCCUCAAAUUCAUGAAGUACCCCACGCUAUCAGAGAAGCCAGAAAAUGCCUUGGAGCGUCUAUCGGCUCAUACAGACUGGGGCACCCUCACGCUCCUCUUCACCGAGUCGCCGGGUCUAGAGAUCCGUGGACCUAAUAAUGAAUGGCACGAUGUCCCCGUCGUGCCCGGCGGGAUUGUAGUGAAUAUCGGUGAUCUGUUGGAGUUUUGGUCUGGAGGGCUGUUGAAGUCUACUAUGCAUCGCAUCUCAUGGGAGAAGGUUCCGAUUGAGCAGGACCGGUAUAGCAUGCCGUAUUUUGCGCAGCCGAGUUUUGAUACUGAUCUUCGACCGUUGACCGGGACUUUGAAGAGUGAUCUGGAGGCUGAGUCGUUGACGUACGAGGAAUACUACCAUACGCGGAUUAGGUUGACUUGGGGGAAUGUCUUGGACGACGAGGAGAAACCGGCGAAAAUGAACAGAAGGCUUGCAAAGUAUUUGGAUUUGAGGAAGAAUACGGCGGGUGAACAUGUCAAGUAA